AUGCAGAGACCUGUAGACAGACGGAAUGUGGAAACCAUAAUUGAUCAGGCGUUGGAAAUAGCCAAAGUGAAGGGCCGCUAUUUGCAGUGUACAGCUGAUGAGAGCAAUGAGUACUUGGAACGCAUCGAGGACAAUAUACACCAGGCACAGGAUGACAGUAUCAUAUCUGAAGACACUGAAAGAACAAUCUCAGAAGAGGUGGCAGAUUGGCUCGAGUCUCAGGAAUGCGACGAGUUCUGGAAAUCUAGACUACGGCAGCCGCGCUUGGUAAUACCUAGUGCACUUCAGUUCGCCAGGCAUAUCAAAACAAGUGCUACUCUCCAAGUUGCGCCCUGCAGUGGUCUCAUUUCAUUCGAGGCGCUUUUACAUUUGAUCGCCUUAGAGUUACUAGCAGCUUGCUACACGUCAUCAUCAGGCUUAAUCACAAGCUGUGUUCCUCAUCUGGACCGACACAAGAAUACAAAACCUACUACAGCACUGCGUUCAUAUUCGCAAUCUCUGUUUUCUCCAGCUUUUAGUCGCCACGCUUGUCCAUCUUCGGAAACAAGUUUUUGGCCAGGUCUUUUUAUGGGACCGUCGCUCGAAGAGAUAAUAGCAGAGCACGAUAGUCGUAGGCACCGUCGACAGAAAUAUCAGGAACAUCAUGUUUUGGAUCUUUCUGGAACUGACUGGACAGAUGGACCGCACCCAGAAGCGAUGCGCAUGGAGCUAGACAGCAAACUGUCAAAAGCCAGCUCGAGCUCUUCAAUGGGACAUGAGCCAGGGUUUCUCUCUCAGCUGUGGGCUGAGCUUAAGCCUCGUCAACAUAAUGACCAAACGUCCUCUCCUAAAAUCACCAAUGGGCGACCUCUACAGCCUACACCAUCCGUACUUCGCCUUCGUCCUACACAAUCUGCGCCAUCAAUUGCAGUAGAGGAAGAUGUGUCCGCCAAGAAUCCUUAUGCCUCGAGGCGAUGCAGCUCUGAUCCAUCUGAUGGCACUCCUCUCACGCAUCGCUUCCAGAUCCCCGAUAUCCGGCGCAUCUCAGAAACAACAUAUGGGAGUCAGUCUCAUGAUUCAUCGACAACCGACUCCGUACGUGCUUGCGAACGUGGGGAUCUUACAGUCGCUCAUGAUCACUUUGACGAUACACCAGAUGGCCCAUAUACAGCACGUCAGCAACAGAAUCAGUGGAAGAUCCUGCGUUGGCGACACAAUGAUACUAGUCUUCUAUCCCCAUCCGCUGUCCUCUUACGAAUGAAGUCUACUCCGUCAAGCCAGACUGUUCCAGAGAGUGACUAUUUUGGGCAGGCUCAUAUUGGUAGACGCACGACGGAUGAGAAAGACGAGUGCGGGACUGUUGCAACGGAAGAUGGCGGCACACGCUCUGUAAUCAAAAAUAGUAUUGGAGCCCAACAUUCCAUGAAAGGGCCAGGCGACAGUGACAAAUUGAACCAAAAGAAGCCAAGAAAGGUCAACGUAUCAUCAAUGCGGGGAUGUGAGUUUCGAACGCCGUCUCGAGGCAAAACAAGAGAAGAACUCGAUCAUUAUUCUGCUAAGAUAGGUUGGUAACGCCUUAUGUUCAUGGGGACGUUUUUGUAAUCAGCAGCCUUAGCCUUGUUGUACAAU